CACGGCAGUACGGGCCUCACCAUUCUUCUGGAUCGAGUCCAAGCAACCAUCGACAUCGUUGCCAUUCAUGGAAUUGGCAUGCAACCCGACGAGGCCUGGACGGCCACGGCCACGGCAGGCGACCAAGACUCGGUCAACUGGCUGGUGGACGGCACAAUGCUGCCGAAACUCGUCCCCGAUGCUCGAAUUAUGCGAUACGACUAUGAAUCGUCGUGGUUUGGAGCGGAAGCGAGCCACCACAGAGUGACGGCACUGUCGAAACGCUUUCUUCUGGCCUUGAAACGUAAACGCAAGACAUAUCCCACACGGCCCAUCAUCUUCAUUGCUCAUUGCUUUGGAGGCUUGGUCAUCGUCAAGGCCCUUCUCGAUGCCAUUGAUGACAAAAAGUCAUGGCCCAACAUCUGGGAAUCUACUGUAGGAAUCGUCUUUCUCGGCACUCCCUUUCGAGGAGCCGAUGGCAUCAAUCAGCAUCAAAUGCUCGAGGCUGCUUGUUUUGGAAAUCCCUAUAAUAGGAUGCAGAAGGAAUCUUCCAAGAUCUACGAAAUCGGCAACGAGUUCUUACAACACCUCGUGGACCGCUUUACCACGGUCAACACGAGUAUCGACACUCGUUGCUUCUGGGAACUAAAAUCGACUACCAUCACUCCUGGAACCCAGCAGCUCCCACACACUUUUGUGGUCAGUGAAGCAUCAGGAUGCCUCGAUACCACCACGAACACGGGCAAGUACUCGCUCAAUCGCGACCACUUCAACAUGACGAAAUUCGCCGAUGCUUCGGACGAGGACUUCUUGACGUUAGGCGACAUUAUUGCAGAAAUGGCCGACAAAGCUCACAUGAUGACGUUCAAGAAAGGCUUGGAUAUUCGCCUGUCCUUUGGUGCAGAUGCAGGAAAUAGCACGAGUCUCGAAGCACGAUCGGACGCCAUGCAGAGUUAUCUUCAGUCCCUCGGAUCGUGUAACAAUUGCGCGGAGAACAUCAUGGAGGCCAGCGUUCAGACUCUCGGUUGGAUCUGGGAAGAUCCAGACAUUGCCACAUGGCUGAAAGAUGGCACCAGUCAACUAUGGGUCACAGGAAAGCCUGGAUCGGGAAAGUCGGUCAUGAUGAAAGAGCUCUUCCUCACGCUGCAACGACGCUCCUCCAACACGGGCGAGAACCUCAUUACGGUGUGCCAUUUCUUCAACAACUGUGGCAAGCCUACCGAAAAGUCAUUCAUCGGAAUGCUGCAAUGCUUUCUAUAUCAGAUUCUGGAGCAAGCUCCCGAUGUGCUGCCCUUGGUGGCAAUGGAGCUUCGUAUAUCGGUCUCCCGACAGCGCAACUUGGAUGGCACGUGGUCGCAGCGUAGUCUCCAGGCAGCGAUGGAAAAAAUCAUCAGCUACGGGCUCAAUGGACGACGGCUGUUCUUGUUCACCGACGGCCUUGACGAGUGUGACAAAACAACCAACUUUCUAUACAAUUUCUUCCACGACUUACUGGAACUACGUUUGGCUACUGGGGGUCAUAUACACGUCUGCUGUGCUACCAGAUUUCUGGCCAAUGACUCGAUCGCAUCUCAAAUGCGAUGCAUACCGAUGCAUGAGCGCAAUGCGAGUGAUAUCAUCAACUAUAUCGCGAAAGAGUGGGCAGUGGAAAUUGCGGACGAUGAAGAGCUCGCAGAUAUCAGAGACCAAAUUAUCAGCCGUGCUGAUGGUGUUUUCUUGUGGGUGCAGAUCGUCCUGGAGAGGCUGAGUCAAGGCCUUCGCGAUGGCAACAAUGUCUUUGAGCUCAGCGAGAGCCUGCAGAGCAUUCCCGGCCAGCUCAGUGAUCUGUAUGACACGAUGCUAAAAGGCAUCCGUGACGACUAUACGGACGAAAUGCUUGCGAUUCUCUCCAUUGUCUUGUGUGCGAGCCGCCCACUGACUCUGCUGGAAUUUCGAUACAUCUUGGCUCUCUGCAACCACAGCUUCCACGACCAAGAAGCAGUCGAAAAUGGCAACACGUUUAUCAAGACAGACGACAUACUGAUGAGACGUUUGCGUAGUCGUUGCGGAGGCCUGGCUGAUGUCUGUUCGCCCGUCGAAACGAUGACCGUGUCCAAAGUGAUUCAAUUCAUGCAUCAGUCCGUCAAAGACCAUUUGCUUUCGCAUGAUAGGGUGCCAGGCUCGAAACUUCCACGGCCGGAGGACCUGUUCGAACUCGGCCAUCGACUUUUGACGAUUGCAAGCCUCAACUACCUCAUGUUGCAAGAUCUCGAAGGUGUUCCGAGCCACCUGAGCUCGUCACUGAACCUGGAUCAUCACGAAGAACUGCAAGAGCUUGCCGAGCAAUACCCCCUACUGGAGUAUUGCUCGAACAAUUGGACGCAUCACUACCACGAAUCCGAGCAUACGGGCACUCCUCAGUGGCAAGCACUCGAGAAGUUCUGCGACCUUAACGCUUCGGCUUGGUCCACAUGGUGCACGGUGAGGAACUGGCAACUGCACCGGCAGAAGUAUGCAGAUUAUCACUUCCUCACGAUUGCAGGGGAUAUCAACAUCGAGGUAUUGAUCGAGGUCAUGCGCGAAACCGAACCAUCGGUCUUGGAGAUCGCGGUGCAACACGAUUUUCUACAUUUUGUGCGACGUCAGCUCGAGGCGGGCGAUACGGUCAACGAUGAAGCGCUAAUGCAACUGGCCGCGAUGAAAGGUCAUGCCGCGAUGGUGGAGCUGCUGAUCGAGCAUGGGGCGUCUCUGUUCCCCCGAGAGGGAAUCACUCCCUUGGUCAUCGCUUGUAUGAUGGGGCACACCAAAGUGGCCAAGAAGCUGCUCGAAUGCGGCGCCGCGAGAGAUCCGUUGGAGCUAUACCAGCCUAUCGCGGUGGCAGCAGGUCUGGGAAACGCCGAUAUGAUCGAACUUCUGUACCAGCACGAUCCAGAGACGUUCAUGAAUGGUGCUACUCGCCACUAUGCACUGGGUCAGAUCCUGAUCAAGAACAUUAUGCGAAUGAUCUUUGCAUACGGUGGGGACAUGGGCGAAUUGGACGAGGCGCAUUUCGAUGAGCUCUCGUUGAGCGAGAAACGACAGAGCACGGAGACGGCGAUUGGUCUCCUGACGACGGAUGGGAUCAACUCGGAGCACUUUGGCCGUACCUUUCCGUGGCUGCUGUGGUUUCUGACCGCGGGCAGAGAAAGUAUCGUCGAAAUGCUGCUCGAGAGAGACGUGGAUUUCUCCGUUACUGGCGCCGACGGCAGCACAUUCUUCCUGAUCGCGGCCUUUGCCAGCACGGGACAGGCCCUGCAGACACUGUUCAAACACGACCCGCAGCUUGCGUUUGCCGUCUCAGCCAUGCACAGCACGACCCUCCACGCUGCCGCUGCCAAUGCAGACAUUAGACCUCUCCAGUUCCUGCUCGCAGAGGUUCCGAGUCUCGACAUCAACGCACAGAAUGACUACCAGGAGACACCGCUUCACAUCGCCGCCAAACAUGGCUUGGACGCACACAUUGCUGCGGUGGUCAAUUCCGGGGCGGAUGUCAUGCUCCUCGAUAACAUGCAGCGCUACCCCCUCCACUUGGCCGUGGGGAACAGUAACAUCACCAACAUACGAG